AAGGAAAGAAACUGCCGGCUUUCAAAAUCCUCCUCCUCCGCCAUCAUCCGCCGCGGUGCCGAGAGCAGGUGGUGUAGGAGACACAAGUGACGAAAAGCCCCGGGGGCGCGAGCCGAAGGCGGCUGGGCGUCCGGACCGCUGGACCGGGGGCGGCGAGCAGGUCGGACCCGACCCGGACCCUAAAUCCGUCCCUGCCGCUCCGGGCGGACGCUCGCGCUCGGGUCGCCCCACGCGGCUGCGUCGCCUGUUUACGUUUGCAGAUCUCCAGGGGAGCCCACCAUCGUGGCCAGCAUGGCCUCCGAAGACAUUGCCAAGCUGGCAGAGACCCUGGCCAAAACCCAGGUGGCUGGGGGACAGCUGAGUUUCAAGGGCAAGAGUCUCAAACUGAACACAGCGGAAGAUGCUAAAGAUGUGAUUAAAGAAAUUGAAGACUUUGAUGGCUUGGAGGCUCUGCGCUUGGAGGGCAACACGGUGGGUGUAGAAGCGGCCAAGGUCAUUGCCAAGGCCUUAGAGAAGAAGUCGGAGUUGAAGCGAUGCCACUGGAGCGACAUGUUCACCGGGAGGCUGAGGUCCGAGAUCCCUCCAGCCCUGAUCUCACUAGGGGAGGGACUCAUCACUGCUGGGGCCCAGCUGGUAGAGCUAGAUCUAAGUGACAAUGCAUUCGGGCCCGAUGGUGUGCGUGGCUUCGAGGCCCUGCUCAAGAGCCCAGCCUGCUUCACCCUGCAUGAACUCAAGCUCAACAACUGUGGCAUGGGCAUCGGUGGUGGCAAGAUCCUGGCAGGGGCUCUGACUGAGUGUCACCGGAAAUCCAGUGCCCAGGGCAAGCCACUGGCCCUGAAGGUCUUCGUGGCUGGCAGAAACCGUUUGGAGAAUGAUGGAGCCACUGCUUUGGCAGAAGCUUUUGGGAUCAUUGGAACUCUGGAGGAGGUGCACAUGCCACAGAAUGGGAUCAACCACCCUGGUGUCACAGCCUUGGCCCAGGCCUUCUCCAUCAACCCCUUGCUGCGGGUCAUCAACCUCAAUGACAACACCUUCACUGAGAAGGGUGCAGUGGCCAUGGCUGAGACCCUGAAGACCUUGCGGCAGGUGGAGGUGAUCAAUUUCGGGGACUGCCUCGUACGCUCCAAGGGGGCCGUUGCCAUCGCAGACGCCGUCCGUGGGGGCCUGCCCAAACUGAAGGAGCUGAACCUGUCAUUCUGUGAGAUCAAGAGAGAUGCUGCCCUGGCUGUUGCUGAAGCCGUGGCAGACAAGGCUGAGCUGGAGAAACUGGACCUCAAUGGAAACGCUCUAGGAGAAGAGGGCUGUGAGCAGCUGCAGGAGGUGCUGGAGGGCUUCAACAUGGCCAAGGUGCUGGCGUCCCUCAGUGAUGAUGAAGGUGAGGAUGAUGAGGAUGAGGAUGAGGARGAAGGAGAAGAGGAAGAGGAGGAAGAAGAGGAAGAGGAAGAAGAGGAGGAGGAAGAGGAAGAGGAAGAAGAGGAGGAAGAGCCCCAGCAGCAAGGGGAGGAGUCAACCACACCCUCAAGAAAAAUUCUGGACCCCAACAGUGGGGAGCCAGCUCCUGUGCUGUCCUCCCCGCCUCCUGCAGACGUCUCCACCUUUCUGGCAUUCCCUUCUCCAGAAAAGCUGCUGCGCCUUGGACCCAAGAGUUCUCUGCUGAUAGCCCAGCAGACGGAUACAUCUGACCCUGAGAAAGUGGUCUCUGCCUUCCUGAAGGUGUCCUCUGUGUUCAAGGAUGAAGCCACAGUGAGGACAGCAGUGCAGGAUGCAGUAGAUGCCCUCAUGAAGAAGGCCUUCAGCUGCUCCUCCUUCAACUCCAAUGUCUUCGUUACCAGGCUCCUCGUCCACAUGGGUCUGCUCAAGAGUGAAGAUAAGAUCAAGGCCAUUGGCAACUUAUAUGGCCCCUUGAUGGUGCUGAACCACAUGGUGCAGCAGGACUACUUCCCCAAGGCCCUGGCACCCCUGCUUCUGGCAUUCAUGACCAAGCCCAAUGGUGCCCUAGAAUCCUGUUCCUUUGCCCGCCACAAUCUACUACAGACGCUCUACAAGGUCUAGACUCAAAGCUGGCCUCGAUUUAUCCCUCAGCCUGUGCCGGGGACUUGGAUGAACUGAGCUGCAGCCUAUGCCCCCCACAGACAGGACUCUGACCAGAGGCAGGGAGGGUCUUUGUCUCAUGUGUCAUGACCCCUGAGAAUGUGUGUGGUGUGUGUGCUUCCUGUUGGCUGGGGUUUCUGCGUCUCUCUGCUGGACUGAUCCUGGUCCACCAUGAGGAACUGGCCCUUGGGGCAAGGGGUGCAGGCUGCUUUGCCAUUAAACUCACUGCCAUCUGAGGGCACUCUGCUGAUUUGUGCCUCAGGCCUGAGUCCCUGGUGGCUGUCUCACCUCCUCUGCAGCCUUCCUGCCCACUCCUGGGCUGCACAAAGCCUGGGAAGCCGCUGUCCAUGUGCUACCCUCUGCCACAGUUGGGCUGUUUCCUGCGUGGCCUGCAUCUGCAGCACUGCUGUCCUCCCAUUCAUGCCUGCUGUGCUGACUGCUCAGCCAGAGAUUACCAAGAGUGGGGUGGAGUGCUUGUCAGCAGAGGGCAAGGCCCUGGCCCCCAUGCCACAUGGACCAGAAGAGGAGCCAGGGRCUGGCACCAGUCAGUCCAGGAACAGGAGCUGCCUCAGACUGUGCUGGCUCUGGUGCCCAUUGGGGACUGAGCUGGGCAGGCCCAGACCUGUUCUUAAGCCCAGAGAGAGAGUGGCAGAUCCCCCUGAUGCCUGAGCUGCAUCUUGAGGUCAAGGGAGAGAUGGGAUUGGGCUGAGCAGGAGGUGCCCUCUGACCUCCUUUAGUGGCCACRGGUGCCCACCUUGUGCUUCCUCCUUGUGCUCUGUGUUUGUCUGGGCUGUGCCUGGGAGCUUAAAUAAAGUCAUGUCUGCCA